AUAUCCCCUAGAUAAAUGAACCUUUGACCUCCAUUCGUAAAGCGACACGACAUGGCAACUCUGUCCGUGAAUAUUCCGUCUGGUACAGCGACUAAGGACAUUCAAGAGGUGAAUGUGAGUCAUGAGGAUCAAACGAACAUCAACAAGUUCGCUAGAGGCUCGCUCAGACUUAACGAGCUAGCUGAGGAGAUCAAGGAGAAGGAGAAAGAGCUCCAGAACUUAGAGGAGGCUGGUGAUGAAUUGAUGCUGGCAGACGAUGAUGAACCAGCCGUUCUCAAGGUGGGCGAGGUGUUCAUGCAGUUCCCCAAUGAGGAGGUACAGGAGAGCGUGGAGGAAGCCAAGACAGCAUUGAAAGAGGGGGUGGACAAGUUGAGAGAGUCUCGGGUAGAAAUCAAGAAAACACUGGCAGCACUCAAAGUUCAACUCUACGCCAAGUUUGGCGAUAAUAUUAACUUAGAAGAUGAAAGCGACUCAUAGAGUUAGUUUCCUCUAUCUAUAUAAUUAGGGUGCAUUUAAUUUGUAGUUGGUUCUACUUAUGAUUAUUGAAAUAAAAAUGUUUCUUUUGCGUCAA